CUUAUACAUAGUCCACACCAGUAUCGCCAACCCGGAACACAUCACCAAUCGUAACUUUUGCAAAGAUGGUCCUUGACAUGUCAUCCAAAGUGAAAAGUCCGUCAGCCCUUGCUCAUGUAGUCCUCAGGACUAACAACUACCGCAAGAUGGUGGAUUUCUAUGUCAAGUUUCUGGGCGGGAACAUCGCGUACGAAAACGAGUACCUGGCGUUCAUCACGUAUGACCAUGAGCACCACAGAAUCGCCAUCCUUCAACUUCCGGAAACCAAAGAUAGGGCCCGAAAUUGCUCAGGUCUCGAGCAUGUGGCUUUCACCUUCGACACACUAUCAGACCUCGUCCUAGCAUAUCAGCAGCGCAAAGAGCUCGGAAUGCUUCCUCUGUGGUGUGUGAACCAUGGUCCAACCACUAGUAUGUACUACGAAGACCCGGAUGGUAAUCAAUUGGAGACACAGGUCGACAAUUUUGAUACGGUAGAGGAGACGGACGCGUUCAUGAGGACCAAGGAGUUUGCAGAAAAUCCGAUUGGAGUGGACUAUGAUCCAGCAGACUUGAUUGCAAGACUUGAUGCAAUAGAGGAUGACAGGUCAAUCAAGAAAAGACCAGAUAUCGGUCCCCGAGCCCUUCCUCCGGUACACUAAGACUGUACAAUAGCAGAAGCUCGACUAGGAAAUGAGGCCAUGACUGGAGAAGACAACAUAACCACCCCUGAGGCGCUGUUAGCCAUGGUCAAGAUAGCACUAUUAGUCUUUGUAUGCCAGAACUCCCA